CUCGGUGUAGUCCUCCAGGUUCCUUCAUACUCUUCUUUUUCACUUAAGUCAUUUGACCUAUAAGGUUGCCAUCCUAGACAUUUGUGGAGGACCACACUUCACCUUUGAGUUGAUUAAGGAACUCUUUGAAAUUUGUCGAACUUCCUCUAGCCUGCUUAUUCUCUCAUUGGCACUUAACUUAAUGGCUCUUGCUUGUUGUUGCUUGGAGUCGAAGUUCUUGUUCACUUGCUUUAUGUCCCUUCAUAGACCAUAACAACUUUUCUCAUAUCAUUCAACCAUAGGUCAAUGAUUUUCGUCCGCUUUAAUCUCUUAGUCGAUGCCCUAACUGUUAACAAAAUGUGCAUUAUUUAUUUUUAAGCUAGUCGGAUCCUCUUGAUGACAUUCUUCCAUGUCUCAACCACUUAGAGUGAGGUACCUUAUGUUAGGACUCCAAAAUAGUUAGUGGACAAAAUUUGUUGCAUUAAAAAUUGAUUUCGAGUUCAACUGGCUCGUUUGAAAUUGCCACAACAUUUAAGAAUUUCCUUGAAAUUGUUGAGAUCGACGUCCAACUUCUCACUUACACAGGGUUGAGAUGAACAAAUUCUUAUAAGAACUCUGAAGUUAAACGUGUUUAGGAUGGAGGAGUGUAGAGAAAAUUGAGCUUUUGGAGGUCACCAUGAUGCAUCCAAAAUCAAAACCUUUCGAAAUUAGACCCUAAACAUACAAAACGUUGAUUAAGAUAAGAGUUGAGAUGUUAUAUAGACUCUGAAGAGCUUGGAUUGUUUUUUCAUUUGAAUUUUUUUCCAAUUUGAAUUUUUUUCAAGUAUUUUUAAAUUAUUUUACUUAGUGAUAAAAAAUAUUUCGGUCAAAUGACACAUCAUUGGUUGGUGUUGACCAUUGACUACUAACGGUCGAAACUAAUAGAGAAGAUCGUAUUAGAAUUAUUAUUUUGAAAAAUUUCGUUAGUUUUAAGUUUUUGAGUAGUAUUUGGCAUUUGCCUUUCUAGAAUUUACAGUCGCGAAGGAAAUCAAACGAAAAGUUUUUAAAAAUGGCAACUUGCCUGUUCGUCCGCGAUUUUCUAGUUGCAGAAAAUUCUAGAGGCGCAACUCCCACCAUCGAUUUGGUCAAGCGAUACACGCGCUGGCUGGCUGAUCCUUCAAGCAAAAACCUGAUUGCCGCACACCGCGUCCAACUCCUAUGACCUAUCCAUGUGAUAUCAUAAAAUUCUUCUACGUCCAUUUUCUGUUCAAUUCCAAAUUCCAGUCGAAAGCUCCUUCGCCCAUCCUCUCGUCCUUCAGCUCGUCUUCCUCCUAAUUCCUACCUCGUCGAUAAUAUUUCACAAUGGCUCGUGGCCGCGGCGGUAGCUCUGGCAAAGCUUCCCGUUCCCGAUCCCGUAGCCCUCCCCCGCAGAAAGCUGCUGCUGCUCCACCGCUAGCUCCGAUGCAAUCACGUUCCCAGAACGAACCCAUAGCAAGAGGAGGUCUCGGCGCUGCAGUAGCAGACGGACUGGCAUGGGGUACUGGAACCGCUGUGGCUCACAGAGCUGUGGACGCUGUUCUUGGUCCUCGAACCAUCAAGCACGAAAGCUCUGCUGCCUCGUCCGAGCCUACUGCUGCAAUGCAAGCAGCAGCCGCAACUCCUAACAGCACCAUCAAUUCUUCCUGUGAUGCUCAAUCCAAGGCCCUUCAAGAUUGCCUAAACAUGUUUGGUACGGACAUCGGUAAGUGCCAAUUCUACAUGGACAUGCUGGGAGAAUGUCGCAGGAGUGCUUCCGGUGCUGGGAUGGCUGCUUGAUUGUGAAGAUAAAAUUUCUGUUGAAUUGCUUGAGAGCUUUUUAUUGAAAGAAAUGGUGGUAGCCCACUGGGUUUACUAGUAUCUGUGUUGCUUAUGUGUUGGUAGUUUAGGUGAUGAGGGUUUGGAUCAUGGUGAUUUCGAUCCCUCUGCUCUUCAUCUAUUAUUUGGGUAUGUAAAUGUGUGGGGCUAAUGUUGAAUGAAUCUGUCGGUUAUUUUUUUUUUCUACUUUUUUUUAUACGAGGAAAAUGCAAACGGCUGAAUUCAUACUUAGGUCAUUAUUUUUCGUUCAAUUCCGUUAACUUAGUCUGAUAUGGCAGUCAACUCUUAAAAUUGACAAUUAACUAAGUGACGAUUAACUAAGUGAUAUGACGAUUAAAAAAUAAUAAUUAAAAUAAAAUUUAUCAAAUUGA